UGUAUAAGCUGAGUAGUGAGUACCAGCAUUUGCUCGAAGUCAUCGCUCUUCUAGCAAAUUCCACUGCUCGAAGGGCUUAUCGAAGGGUUUUAUUUAGUUGGGGAUACCAGGAACUAAACCUUCGCCCAUGGCUUCUAUGGCUCCAGCUUCUCUGUAUCUUCAAAGCUCAGGCAAUCGUCUACAUUCGGCAUCUUCCUCGUCUUUAACAAAACUCGCAUACCCAAGACCAACAAAUUUUGCGUUUCCAAAUGGUAGGUCAAGAAGAGCGAAUGCUUUCCGGGGCUUCCGUGUUGCUUUGCCGAGAACUGCAAUAGAUUUAUACAGAAACUGGUCAUAUAGUGCAUUACGAGCAUUACAAUCCUCUUCCAUGGCAAAUUUGGGAGAUCAGAAAGGUGUGGCAGAAGAUAUUAAAGUUAGUUUGGAUGGAAAGGAACAGGAGAAUAUACCAAAUACUGAAGAUAGUGAAGAUGUUGAGUUAGAGAAAGGUUAUAAAAUGUCGACUGUUUGUGACAGAAUGAUUGAUGUUUUCAUGACCGAGAAACCUAAUUCAAGUGAUUGGAGGAAGCUAUUGGCAUUCACUGAGGAAUGGGAAAAGAUUAAGCCUCACUUUUUUAAUCGGUGUAGAAUGCGGGCGGAUGAUUCAAACGAUCCUGAAAUCAAACAGAAUCUACUCAGGCUUAUUAGGAAGGUGAAGGAGGUUGAUGAUGACAUGCAGAGGCAUAAUGAACUUUUCAAACAAGUUCAAGAGAAUCCAUUAGAAAUUGAUACCAUUGUUGCUCGGCGUCGCAAAGAUUUUACUAGGGACUUCUUUGAGCAUCUUAAAAUUAUUUCUGAUAGUCAUCAAAACAAUUUGGAAGCCAAGGAUGAACUGGCAAGGAUAGCAAGUAAAUGCUUGACAGCAUUACAAGCACACGAUAAAGCACUUGCAGAUCAUGUGGCACUUGGUAAGGCCCAGCUCAAAUUUGAUGAUGUCCUCAAUUCACCAUCUUUGGAAGUUGCACGCAACAAAAUAAAUAAUCUGGCCAAGAAAAACCAACUGGAUUCAACAUUCAUGUUGACUGUCUCUAAAGCAUGGGCAGCUGCCAAAGAAUCAACACUGAUGAAGGAUGAGUGCAAAGAUAUUCUGUUCCAGUUGUAUGUGGAAGCAAGGCGGAGUCUUCAGGAACAAGUACCAAAAGAAGUACGAAUAAUUAAAUAUCUUCUAACAAUUGAAGAUCCAGAAUUGCAAUUGGCAGCUUUGGCUCAGGCCUUUACACCUGGAGAUGAAAUACAAGGGAAAGAUGCGGAUGUACUAUACACGAAACCUGAAUAUCUACACCGAAUGAUACAAGUUGUGCUGGAUGCUUACUACUCGAGCAGGCAAGGAACUCUGAUUAAAGAAGCAAGGAAAUUGAUGAAUCCAAUGGUCAUUCAAAGACUGGAGGUUCUGAAGGGCGUAGUCGAACAGAAUUUCAUGUAAUUGUCAGAAAAUUAUUCCAGAUGCACAUUAGCUUGAAAUAUUCAAAUAUUCUUCACUGUUGUUCAUCAUGCCUGUAUUGGGCUAUAAACUGUACAGUAAUAUCUAAUCGUGUCUGACAAAUCCAGUUUAAAUUGUAAGUUCUGUAGAUUCUGUACAUUUGAAGGGUAAGACAUUUGAUAUGAGGUGUAUAUGCCAGAAUGUUUGAGAAGGGGAAUUCAAAUUGUAAAAAUAGAAAUGAAGUUAACCCAAAACAACUGAACAGGAUGCUUAACUCAAUUGGUUUGCUUAAUUUUAAUCGAGUGCUAAAAUUCAUGCUGCA